GUUUGAGACAUGAGAAACAAUUUUAUAUGCCUAUUUUCCAUUAAAAUUUGGCUGCUUAAAUUUCGGUCUCUCCUGUCUCCUCGUCAAUAAUAUAAAACUUGUUAGGCCAUCAAGCUUCCUCAAUUUCCUUUCUUCCAAACAAUAUCUAUUCUUGGUGAGUUCUUGAUCAUCUUAGAUUCAGAGUGGUGGCCAUGGAAAUCUUUCAGAAAGCUAGCGUUGUUCGUUUAUGUAGCCACCAUGACAAAUACUUAAUUGCUGAAAAUGAUCAGGAAACCGUUGGACAAGACCGAGAUGGGUCGUCGAGGAACUCACGGUGGGCAGUGGAGUUCGUCGAUUCAAGCCCAGUCCAUAUUCGUCUCAAAAGUUGUUUCGGGAAAUACUUGACGGCUUCGAACAUGCCGCUUCUUAUCGGAAUGAGAGGGAAAAAAGUGCUGCAAACGUUGCCGAGAAGACUGGAUUCUUCGGUGGAAUGGGAACCCAUCAGGGAAGGCGUUCAAGUUAGGUUCAUGACACGUUACGGCCGGUAUUUGCGAGCCAACGCAAAGCUCCCACCGUGGAGGGGUCACAUUACACAUGAUAUUCCGCAUCGAUCGGUGACCCAAGAUUGGAUUCUUUGGACUGUUGAUGUUAUAAUACAUCAGCCACGUGCUCUGCUUCCUCCUCCUCCUUUGGAAACAACAACUUCGGAGCAGUGUUCGGAUAAAGAAGAGGAUAAUAACUCAAAUUCGGAUGAUCCUGGCUCACCUUCAGAAAUCUCACUUAGGGGCCCUAGACUUGAGAGUGGUGAGUCAACUAAGGGUUCACCCGCGGCAUUUGAAGGAAGAAAAAUUAGUUAUGAAGUAGUUGAUGAAAAUGGUGAUGUUGAUAAGAAAAUCGGGGAACGAACCUUCACAUUUAAAGGCAGCGGGGUUGAGGAAUUGAAGAAAGUUUUGAAGGUGGAAACGGAGGUGAAUGAGGACAUUUGGAUUUGUUCACGUAACCCUUUGAAUGGCAAGCUUUCUCCACUUCGAUUGCAUCUUCCUCCCAACAAUGCAGCUAUGCAUGUUGUUGUUGUUCCUCAAUCAUCUAAAGCGGCAAAUGAACUUGAGAGUCGUUGAACCUUUAUGGCAAUUUCACUCGACAGUGCCGCAAAUGAAUUGGCAGAUAUAUGGUGAUUGAAAUGCUUCCAAAGUUUAAUUGUUUUUUUGUUUUCUUUUGUUAGAUUUUAUAUGAAAUUUAAUUUCCCUGUAAUUCUUUCGUCCAGAAUAAUAUUCUCUCCUCUUUCUUUAAAGAAAGAAAAA